AUGGUGAAAGGGAGGCAGUCUCGGCUAGGGCACCGGAAACCGUCGAGGGGGUCGUCGUGGCCGGUGAUGCUGACAUUGCUGGCAACGUGCUCGUUUCUCAUUCUCAUUCUGCUCGCUCUCCCUAUUCUCUCAAAUUCCAAUGCCAACUCCUCUGGUCGCUUAAUUAUUAAACCCAACGAUCUCAACUCCAUUGCUCUCAACACUACUACUCACAUAAGCGAAGCUGAAUACGACCAGUUGGGAGAGCGGUGGGUUGAAAUAAUAUCAUGGGAGCCUAGAAUUUUUCUCUACCACAAUUUUCUGACCAAGGAGGAAUGCGAGCAUCUAAUUAAUAUAGCCAAGCCAAACAUGCGAAAGUCAACAGUUAUUGAAAGUGAAACUGGAAUGAGUAUAGAAAGCAGAGUACGGACAAGCUCUGGUACUUUUCUGGCUAGAGGACGUGAUAAAAUUGUGAGGAAUAUUGAGAACAGAAUUGCUGAUUUUACUUUUAUACCUGUAGAUAAUGGUGAAGAACUUCAGGUCCUGCAUUAUCAAGUUGGAGAAAAGUAUGUGCCUCAUCAUGACUACUUUAUGGACGAUAUUAACACUGCGAAUGGGGGUGAUCGUAUCGCAACAAUGUUGAUGUACCUUUCAGAUGUUGAAGAAGGGGGUGAGACGGUGUUUCCAGAUGCCAAGGGAAAUUUUAGCUCUAUGCCUGGCUGGAAUGAGCUUUCUGUUUGUGGAAAAAAGGGACUUUCAAUUAAGCCAAAGAUGCGCAAUGCUUUACUUUUUUGGAGCAUAAAGCCUGAUGCAACUUAUGAUCCAUUAAGUUUACAUGGUUCUUGUCCAGUAAUUAAGGGCAAUAAGUGGUCAAGUACAAAAUGGAUACGCAUUGGUGAACACAAACUUUAA